CGAAAGCGCGAUGAUGGCACUACGGAGGCUCCAUGAGUGACUGCGUCAGAUAAGUUGCCCGCUCUCUCUCUUGACAUUUCUUAGGUAUGAUUUCCGAAUAGACCUCUUAUUUGCCAAUCUGUCAGAAAAAUGUGAAUGCGAGAAUUUGACAUUUAUGAAACUCAAUCUACGGUAAUGGUAUUGGAGCGACGUGUUGCCUGUACGAGUCCAAAUACUUGGUCAAUGCGCGAGGAAGCCUCCUAAGUGGCAUCACGAAUACGGCAUUUAAUUUUUUAAAUGCGAUCAUGGCACUCCGCAAGGUAAAGGGAAACUUCGAGCGGAUGUUCGACAAGAACCUGACGGAUCUGGUGCGCGGUAUCAGGAACAAUAAGGAGAACGAGGCGAAAUACAUUGCGCAAUGCAUCGAAGAGAUCAAGCAGGAAUUGCGGCAAGAUAAUGUGGCGGUCAAGGCAAAUGCUGUGGCAAAGCUAACAUAUCUUCAAAUGUUGGGAUAUGACAUUAGUUGGGCUGGUUUUAAUAUAAUAGAGGUAAUGUCAUCUGCAAAGUUCACUUACAAACGAAUUGGCUAUCUCGCUGCAAGUCAGAGUUUUCAUGCAGAUACAGAGCUACUGAUGCUAACAACAAAUAUGAUUCGUAAAGAUUUGAACAGCCAAAAUCAGUAUGAUGCUGGCUUAGCACUAAGUGGUUUGUCUUGCUUCAUAAGUCCAGAUUUAGCACGUGAUCUAGUUCAUGAUAUCAUGACUCUAUUGACUUCUACAAAACCGUAUUUACGUAAAAAGGCGGUUUUGAUGAUGUAUAAAGUAUUUCUGAGAUUUCCGGAGGCUCUGAGACCUGCUUUUCCCAGGUUAAAGGAGAAACUUGAAGAUCCAGAUAGUGGUGUUCAAAGUGCAGCAGUAAAUGUAGUUUGUGAAUUAGCCAGGAAGAAUCCAAAGAAUUACUUGAGUUUAGCACCUGUCUUCUUUAAGCUAAUGACAACUUCUACGAAUAAUUGGAUGCUUAUCAAAAUUAUCAAAUUGUUUGGAGCAUUGACACCUCUAGAACCUAGGCUUGGCAAAAAGUUGAUAGAACCCCUUACCAAUUUGAUACACAGUACAUCGGCAAUGUCCUUACUGUACGAAUGUAUCAACACAGUAAUAGCUGUAUUGAUCUCUAUAUCAUCUGGUAUGCCAAAUCACUCCGAUUCGAUACAGCUAUGUGUUCAGAAAUUGAGAAUACUCAUCGAAGACUCUGACCAAAACUUGAAAUACUUGGGAUUGCUGGCAAUGUCAAAGAUACUGAAAACUCACCCCAAAAGCGUGCAAGCUCACAAAGAUCUUAUUAUGCAAUGCCUCGACGACAAAGACGAAAGUAUAAGACUGCGUGCCUUGGAUUUACUAUACGGGAUGGUAUCCAAGAAGAAUCUAAUGGAGAUUGUUAAGAAGUUAAUGGUGCAUAUGGAUAAAGCUGAAGGCACUACGUAUCGUGAUGAAUUACUCUCAAAAAUUAUUCAAAUUUGCUCACAGAAUAACUAUCAGUUCAUUACCUAUUUUGAGUGGUACAUAUCUGUAUUAGUGGAGCUUACACGAAUGGAAGGCACCAAGCAUGGACCAUUAGUAGCAACUCAAUUACUCGACGUAGCGAUUCGCGUACAAGCCAUACGAAAAUAUGCAGUUCAACAAUGUGCCUUACUGCUUGAGAAUUCAUAUCUAUUAACCGGCCAGCCAAGGGCAACAAUGUCCGAGGUCUUAUACGCAGCGGCGUGGAUUUGCGGAGAAUUUUCUAGUGAAUUGGAAGAUCCCUUGGCAACAUUACAAUCUAUGUUGCGAUCGCAAGCUUCUAGUUUACCAGGACAUAUACAAGCAGUUUAUGUUCACAAUAUAUUAAAACUGGCCGCGACAACAUUCGCUAAAGCAGAAAAAGAAGGAGAUACGGAAACUAUGGAAAAGAUUUAUGGAUUAAAAGAUAAAAUUACAGCUUUCGUCUGUAGUGGUGAUCUGGAAGUUCAGGAAAGAUCAAGUUCUGCAUUAGUACUGUUCGAAUGCUUAAAGGAAAAUCCUGGUCUUGCGCAGGAGUUAAUGGAGACUUUUGAUGGUGAACUUAAUCCAGUUGCACCAAAGGCUCAGAGAAAAGUUCCAAUACCCGAAGAAUUAGAUUUGGAUUCAUGGAUCAAUGAUCCACCCUCAGAGAGCUCAGAUUCCGAGGAUUUAGAUAUGAAUGAUAUUUUUAUCAAGACGGAGAAGUCGAACGAUUCCUAUUCUAAACGGGAAUUAGGCGAACCAUCGAUGGAGGAGCUCGAACGAAGGCGCGAAGCUAGAAAACUAGAACAGGAGAAUAAUCCUCAUUAUUUAAAGGGAUCAUUUAAGACUUCUACGUCAUAUCACAAUUCAUCGAGCAUGUACGAAGACUUCGAGAACAUUCCCGUUGCGGAAUUAGACAUCCCAAUCUCUUUGAAGAUUACUAACUUACACAGGUGUCGUGACAUCGGUAUAGAUGGCAGUCAUAAGAGGCAUAAAAAACACGAAAAGAAGAAGAAAUCAAAGAAGAAUAAAAAUAAAAAGUCUGCAUCGGAGGAUGAGCAAGACGACAGUUUGCCGUUGCAAAUAGUAAAUACAGGUGUAGGAGAACUACCUCCGGGUGCAGAAAUAAGUGAUAGCGACGAUUAUGAUUUAGUAGAUACAAAUGACCCACACAGAGCUUUGAAUAUUGAUCUGGAUAUGCCUUUAAGAGAAGAUGAAAGAUUGCCUGUCUUAGAACAUAGAGUUAUCGAAAAUAAUAUAACACGAAAGGCUGAAGAAAAGGGAAACAAAAAGGAAAAAGGACGCAGGAAGUCUAAAAGAAAGAUCAAGGAGGCUACGGGAGACAAAGCGAUCAAUCAAAGAGAAUCGUCCGACUUAUGGUUGGAAAACAAUCCGUCUCCGGAGAAAACGGAAUCUCCCGUAAUUGGAGAAUACACGGAGGUGUCUAGUGAGCCACAGAAAGAGAGCAAACGCAAGAAGUCGAAGAGUCAAGACAAGCACAAGAAAUCUAACGAAGACGAUGUGAAACAUCGAAAAUCGAAGAAAUCGAAAAGUAAGAAAGAAAACAAGUCGUUGGGUUAUGAAGAAACGGCGGGAAUAUCCACUCCGUCUAAAGAGAUAUUGCCGGACUUGAAAAACGAUAUCGCAAGUAACGAGUAUAACGCAAAUCCUGUAAAACAGAAUGUCUCCUACGAGGAGCUAGCCAAGAAUAAAGUGAUUUCUAUGGCGUACGAGUUAAAACAAAUACCUCACGAGUCGAGUAAAGUUAUCGUAUCGAUUCGCAUCACAAAUAUAGGUCAAACGCUCGUAAGAGAAUUGGUCUUUGACGUUCCAGAUACGUCAUCGUUCAAAUUAGUUCGGAAUCCUGGGGACGAGUUUGGGAUAAAACUGCCGUUUCAACUGCCUCUGCAAACUAGCAAAGAAACUCAGUUCACCGUUCUAGUCUCGGACGUAACGUUCGCUCAGAGACUAAGAGGUACACUGACAUAUAUGUUUGAAAGUAGAGAAGGCACGCAACAAGAAAAGCUCGAUUUCACUGUGCACUUGUCGUGUAGCAAGUUCAUGGUUGGCCAUCUUUCUCAUAAGGACAUUCUCACGGAACUUCUCAAAAGCGGUCAAUUAGUAUCUAAGAUUAGAAAAGAGAUGACGCCUACUCAAGACUUUGGUACGGUACUGAAUGUUAUCUGCCGUAAGUGCAAUCUCACUCUCGUGGAGCAGAUCGAGGAUACUGCGUCUUUAUACGGACAUUCUCUCAAGGGACAUCAUGUGUGCCUUUUGUUAAAAUUUAAUAAAACGACGGGAAAUCUGGUAAUCGAAGGUAAAGGUGACAAUAAUUCAUUACUGUCGGGAAUUGGAGAGGAAAUACUGAGGAUCCUGACAUAAUACUAAUUUAAACUCAAGUGUCUAUAUUUUGCAAUUAUUGAUUCCUACGUAUACAUCGCAGUCAUAUGAAAUACAUACUUGGCAGUGAGAGAAGACACUACACACACACACACACACAGACAGACAAUUGUACCCGUCGUAAUACAUGAGACAGCGGCUAAUAAGAAGCGUAUCUGCAAACCCAUUGAAUAUUUUCAGAAAAGAUCUUACCUAAACUUUACGUGUAAUCUAGAUCAUAAAGUUUGUUAAAUAUAUAAGAGAUAUACAUAUGUACACAUAUACUAUACACAUGCAUCAAAUAUAUGUACACACAUGUACAUGUCUAUAUGUAACGCGUGAGACGAAGUUUCAAAAGACAAAGAAAGAAAAGAGCGAAAGGAGCGAAGGAGGGGCUUAUUUGCCAAGAAUUGAAGACACUGGAGUAAAAGUAGAUUAAUGUUUCUACAUACUGUGGCGCGUGUAAUACGUAAUGGGACAGGAUCACGAGGAGAUUUCAAUUGUCUUUUAAGAUAAUUCAUUUAAGAUUUAUCCACUUUCAAUUAUCUCACAAAUUAUCGCAAAUUAUAUCUUCCAAAAAAAAAAAAAAAAAAAGAAAGAAGAAGAAGUUCUGUAAAUUGCUCCACUUUCUUAUCUGUACGAUGUUGCAUUUACUACUACGUGGUAUGUAAUAAUCGGGUUGAUAUAUAUAGUUUACGAAUAAAAUUGAGUUGCUAAGCAUAGCAGCACUUUGUAUAGUACAGAAAUAAAGUUGCGAUAGAAACAAUCGACCCUACUUUUAUGUUCGAUGCCUUCAAUUUUUGCGUUCUACUGGAACGGAUAUCACCGCGUCGCUAUUGUUGAGAUAUAUUUUAUUAUUAUUUUGUAAAAUAUAUAUUAUAUCUAUACAUCAUCGUGCUGUGGUGUGUUACACCCGAUCUUUAUAAACAUUGAUCAGCCAGCCGUAGGCGGUAAGAUUGUACUUUGCAUGCGACGCUUCCAUAACGAUAUUUGAGAAUUAACGAAGCGAGGAUUUGUGUAAAUUUAACAUUGAUUAAACGAAUCAUGAGCUACUUAAA